CGCUUUAUCUUCCAGUUCUCGCGUUCUCGCGUCGCAUCGUAUCACAUACCGGAUUAUAUACCAGCGAGCAUCCGCAUUUCCAAGGUAACGGGAAACAGACGACGACUGGUCUUGAUUUCGGACUUUUCGUAGCCAAGAGGAGAUUUCGCAAAGUCAAAGCUAUAAACGAAGCAAACAUGCGCGAGAUAGCACAUCUCCAGGCCGGCCAAUGCGGCAAUCAGAUUGGAGCCAAGUUUUGGGAGGUGAUUUCGGACGAGCACGGGAUCGAUCCCACGGGCACGUAUCACGGCGAUUCGGAUCUACAAUUGGAGCGGAUAAACGUCUAUUACAACGAGGCGACAGGCGGCAAGUACGUGCCACGCGCAAUCCUGGUCGAUUUGGAGCCUGGAACAAUGGACGCGGUCCGUUCGGGACCGUUCGGCCAGAUAUUCCGGCCGGACAACUUUGUUUUCGGUCAGAGCGGCGCCGGCAAUAACUGGGCCAAGGGCCAUUACACCGAGGGCGCCGAGCUCGUCGACUCCGUCUUGGACGUCGUGCGUAAGGAAGCCGAAAGCUGCGACUGUCUUCAGGGAUUCCAGCUUACGCACUCGCUAGGGGGCGGCACUGGCGCUGGCAUGGGCACCCUGCUCAUCUCCAAGAUUCGCGAGGAGUAUCCCGACAGGAUCAUGAUGACCUUCAGCGUGGUACCUUCGCCGAAGGUAUCCGACACCGUGGUCGAGCCCUACAACUGCACCCUCUCGGUACAUCAGCUGGUAGAGAACACGGACGAGUCGUAUUGCAUAGACAACGAGGCGCUCUACGACAUCUGCUUCAGGACCCUUAAACUGACCACACCGACUUACGGCGAUCUCAAUCACCUGGUCAGCGCGACUUUGAGCGGCGUCACCACCUGCUUGAGAUUUCCCGGCCAACUGAACGCCGAUCUGAGGAAACUCGCCGUCAACAUGGUCCCUUUCCCGCGACUGCACUUCUUUAUCCCUGGCUUCGCCCCUUUGACCUCUAGAGGUUCGCAACAGUAUCGGGCACUCACGGUGCCGGAGCUCACUCAACAAAUGUUUGACGCCAAGAACAUGAUGGCCGCGUGCGAUCCGCGACACGGUAGAUAUUUAACGGUGGCCGCGGUGUUUCGCGGUAGAAUGUCAAUGAAGGAAGUCGACGAGCAAAUGCUCAACAUCCAAAACAAAAAUAGCAGCUACUUUGUCGAAUGGAUACCUAGCAAUGUGAAGACCGCCGUCUGCGAUAUACCUCCGCGAGGCUUGAAAAUGUCCGCGACUUUCAUCGGCAAUUCCACGGCUAUCCAGGAAUUAUUCAAGAGAGUAUCGGAGCAAUUUACCGCAAUGUUCCGGCGUAAAGCGUUUCUGCACUGGUACACCGGCGAGGGUAUGGACGACAUGGAGUUUACGGAGGCUGAGAGCAACAUGAACGAUCUUGUGUCCGAGUAUCAGCAGUAUCAGGAGGCGACCGCCGAGGAAGAGGGCGAGUUCGAUGAGGAGGAGGAAGGCGAGGGCGAAGACAAGUGAAGAUCUUGUCCCAUCUUCGGUAGAUGUUUAUCGAGUGCUCGCGUACACCUGCUGCUUCCUCUUUCCGCUCCUCUUUAUAUAGUUAUAUCGUCGUCCCGGGUGUCCCGUUAGAGUGUAAAAUAAUAUGUAGCCGAGCCAACGUCGGCCGACACCCUUGUUGUUCCAUGUCUUUCGCGCGCGUAUCCCAUCUCGUUGAAGGUACAUAAAAUAAAAGAAGAAAAAAA